UUCUGUUAGGCAUACAUCAGCAUUAUUCUUUGGCUACCUAACAGACAUCUAGCGCAUAUUUUUGAAACCAUUAGCUUAUAUAUCGUCUCGGCCUGCGAAGAUUCCCCAGAAGAGUUCAGUUCAUUCACCUUUUUGCACUGUCUAGCAAUGAUGGCAACCUCAGAGUCGAAGCAGCAAGAGCUCGAGUCCCAUGAGGCCAUGGAACUCGCAUAUAAUUUGAGUUACUGGAACGGUGAAACCGCCGAUGAGUACGCAGCACCCAAAUACAGCGAAGCAGUUAUUGGCGGUGCACAACUCUCAUCCGAGAGAGCUCGCUCCUACGUUCGGAUCCUCCGUCCCGUCCUGAACAUGAUGAAAAACCCAACGGAGGAUGACAUCAAGAAAGUUGAAGUUCGUUCCGCCAUCUUAGCCUGCCACACGGCAAUGAACGAGAACGUACGGUAUUUGCGGUUCCACACAACAGUGCCUGCAGACAGCAUCUGGAGUCCACUCGUCUCUGAUUUCUGGCCCCAGUCGAUGGUGGACCUCAGAAACUGGAUCUCUCAUGAUUUCAUGGUUCCUGGGAGGGGAUACUCCUGGGAACACGAAGUGUUUCAGAUACCGGCCCGCUUCUACGAGGAGAGGGUGCCAGCAAUAGAGAUGAUGCUCGCCGCCGUCGAACAGGCGCUGAACGAUGAGAGCAUCUGGACUCCGUUCCCGGAACCAGAAAUCGAACCGGCGCUGAACGCUGAGAUUAUAUCACCCUUAAUGGCUUUGCCUCCAGAGCCAGACACCGUCUCCGUAAAACGGAAUACAAAGCUAGAAGCCCCCGAGGGACUUCUGAAACGGUCCCGUACAAAGACCAUCGGCCUGGUGAGAGCCGUGAAGUCGAAAUGCCGUCGCCUCAGAAAUUUUCACUUCUCAGUCAAUAUUCAUUUCAGUUUCCCAGAGGUUACCAGUAAAGAAUUCAGCGAACUACCAACUUGGAAGGUAGAUACCCAGGAUGAUAAUGAAAAGGAUUGGAAAGCGGUGGAGGAUGAAAAACUGUCGGUAGUUUUCGAUGAGGAGGGGUGGGCAAAGGGGGACGAGCAGGAUCGGGAAUCGGAGACGGAUCAUGUCGAAUGGUGA